AUGGAGAAAACAUUAUUAGCAGUCGGUUUGAUGAUGUUAUUGGGCGCCAGCAUCUAUUUGAACAACACUUAAGAAUUAUCUGAUGAAAUUGAUACAGCAAAUCUUUAUACAAAUUGGAAGAUGAAAUAUAACAAAAGAUAUACAAACCAAAGAGAUGAAAUGUACAGAUUCAAGGCUUUCACAGACAACCUUAAUUACAUCAGGGCUUUCAAUCAAAGUCCAGAAGACAAAACAUACACUUUAGAAUUGAAUCAAUUUGCUGAUAUGAGCUAAUAAGAAUUCGCUUCAACUUAUUUGAAUUUAAGAGUUCCAAAGACAGCCAAGGUUAAUGCUGCCAAUGAUAACUUUUAAUACAAAGGUGCAGAAAUAGAUUGGACAGAUGGAUCCUAAAUUAAAUACCCUGCCAUUAAGAACUAAGGAUCAUGUGGUUCAUGCUGGGNUUUUAUAUUAAUUAAUUUUAAAUUUCUUAAUUUACUACUUGUACUUUUAUUUUUUUCGAUUAAAAAGUCUUAUUCGAUUAAAAAUAAUCACUCUAGUAACUUAUAUAUUAAAGUUAGGAAUCAAUGA